AUCAAUGGAUGUGAAAUUGAGAGGUUAAAGAAAUUGUUUGGAGAAGGUGCAUCAACAGUUGAUGUGUUAUGUGUUUUCUGAGGUAGAUUAUGGACGUCUAAACUCGCUCUGAACAGUCUGUCCAAUUCAGCACAGCUCCAUAUAAUAUUCCAUAUUGCAUAACAAUUACUUUCCGCAAUUGCUGGAGGACGUAUAAGUUAUUUUCAAGGUACCAUACAGGUACAAGAAAGAUAAGUAUUACUUUACUGUUCUCUGUCCACAGUUUGUCCUUUGUAAGUUCUUGUUUCUCCUCGUGUCUUCAUUUUGACCUCACUUUUUUUCAAUUAUUUCAUUUUCAUUAUGGAUAUAUAUGUAAUUAUUCAAUUCAUUUGAAUCUUUUCAGUUUAUUAUUGUUGAAAGGCCAGUAGGAAUGUAAUUGUUGUACAUAUGCAUGUGAGACAGUAAACCAACUUGAUAAGUUAGAACAAGAAAUGCCAAAUGGAAAAGGUCAGCUGCUUCAGGUUCUUCGGGGUGAACAUCAGCAAUGACCUCACCUGGUCUGUUCACAUGGACAAUAUUGAACUAAUUUUACCCCACUUGUCUUUAGGUUAGUAUAGGUUAAUAAGGUUAGAAUGGGUUAUUAUGUGUAUUAGAGGUUUAGUAUACUGUACUGUAUAUUGUAUAUUAUUUUGUAUAUUUAGGAGGUUUAUUAUAUUUUACCUUAUCAUAGAUGUAAUCUAUGUUAAACUGAAUACUUACAUGUUAUGUUAUGCAAGUUUGCGUUGUCUUGUCCCAAGAAUUUCAGUGCCCAGUCUGACCUUGUGUUGUUCUGUGCAUCUGACAAUAAAAGACUUGAACUUGAAAGAAAGGCAAUAUCAAAUAUAAGAAAACCCAUAGUAACUGAGACAAACAUACUGUAUAUUAUAUAAUCAUUGUAUAUAUAGACUUUAAAAUGGGUUCAUAAAUGUUUUAAUUUGCAUUUGCAUAUUUAUGCAUAUCUGCAUGCUUGUAUGUAUCUAUGCACCUAUGUAUAAAUGUGUGUGUACUGAUUCAUGCUGGAGUUUUCCCAAGGUCAAUCAUCAAGAGAUCAAACAACUACAUAUACUCAUAAUUGUAUGGGGAGGCGUGGUGUAUAAAUGUGUGUGUGUGUCUUCCCUCAUAAGAACAAGGGAGAGACCGUCACACUUACAGUCAGUGUUCAACAUCCCAUUCACUGUUCUCAGACAACCAACCUGGACAAACACCUGUGAAACAGAGAAGCUUUUUCAUAGACCUGUUCACUUUCAUCGCAGCAAACUUUCUUGUAGUUAGAUAGAGACAAAGUCAAGGAGAACCAGGACAGAUUGACCAUGGUGGCGCUGGGGACUAAAGAGUUUUAUGUGGAGAAAGACGUUCUGGAUGAACCUUGUCUGGACAUGAGAGCCCGGAAGAGGACACACUCCAACAAACCCCCCCUGAGACAACAGUUGAAAGAUUCUUUGAGAUGUUCAGGGCCCAGGUUGAAGCGCACUGUGCUGGGCUGUAUACCCGUCCUGUCCUGGCUACCCCUGUACCGCUUCAGGGAGUAUAUCAUGGGAGACAUCGUCGCGGGCAUCAGUGUUGGCAUCAUGCACAUGCCUCAGGGUAUGGCCUAUGCACUUCUGGCAUCAGUUCCUCCUGUGUUUGGCCUCUACACCUCCUUCUACCCGGUUCUGGUUUACUUUUUCUUUGGCACGUCCAGACACAUAUCCAUAGGUACAUUUGCUGUGAUCAGUGUUAUGGUUGGCAGUGUGACAGAAAGGAUGGCACCAGACAGCCAAUUCAUGAUUUACAAUGGGACCAAUGGAACUGCGGUGUUAGAUACAGCGAUGCAGGAUGCCUACAAGGUACAGGUGGCAUCUUCUCUCAGUCUGCUGGUGGGAAUCUUCCAGAUCCUUCUGGGUUUGGUGAGGUUUGGUUUCUUAGCAACAUAUCUCUCAGAGCCUCUGGUUUGUGGCUACACAACCGCUGCAGCCAUCCAAGUGGUUCUUUCACAGCUCAAAUUUAUAUUUGGAGUUGAAACAAUUAAGUUUAACGGACCACUGUCUCAAAUUUAUACCUUGGUGAAUGUCUGUUCGCUACUUCCUAAGACCAACAUCGGGACCUUUGUGGUCAGUCUGGUAGUUCUGUCCAUCCUCAUUGUGGUCAAAGAACUCAACUCCUGCCACAGGAAAAAGUUGCCAAUGCCCAUCCCCAUAGAACUCAUGAUGGAAUUGGUGGCUUUGGGUGUCAGUAACUCAGUCGGGGGGUUCUUCCAAUGCUAUGCUGUGACCUCCUCCAUGUCCCGCAGUAUGGUCCAGGAGAGCACAGGGGGAAAGACACAGACAGGAGAAGAGCUUGGGAUGGGAGUGGGCGCUCUUGAGAGGAAGGACCACCAGACGGUUGUCAGAAGAAAACCGAAGGUGGCGGGUGGGGGUGUAAGGCUGGAGGAGUGGACUGGAUGUAGUCUGGUGCAGUCCCGUUCACCGCUUGGAAGGUACCAGGUACCAAUGGCUAGCGUGUUCUCAUCAGUCCUUAUACUGGUGGUUAUUCUGAAAGUGGGCUCACUGUUUGAGGAACUGCCCAAGUUCUGUGGAAACAGAACAAGGUUGAUCUGGAGCCAACUGCCCAGGUACUCUGUCCUGGGACACGUCCCCGGGACAGAGCUGUACCUGGACAUGGACACCUAUGAGGAAGCUAAAAAGAUACCAGGCAUCACCAUCUUCCAAUCAUCCACCGCCCUCUACUAUGCUAAUGAAGAAUUCUACAAGACAGCCCUGGAAGAGAAGAGCGGGAUUGACGUCAAGAAGAUGCUGACCAUGAAGAGGCAGCAGGAAGCAGUGAUGGAGCGUGAGAAAAAGAAGUUCAGUGGCAAAGACCAGCGUGACGACAUGCAAACAGACCAGGGGAACGGAAUACCCCUGUCCAUUAUCGGGGUACCCACCAUCGGGCAUUUCAACUGGGCUUUCAGGAGAGACAGCACUGUCUCCGACACUGGGGCCACCGUGGACAUGAACCAGAUGAUCAUCCCUGCAAUAGAGGGAGAUGGAGAGGAUUGGCGGAGACUGGACAUACACACCAUCAUACUGGACUUCUCCACAUUCAGCUUUGCAGACACUGUCACAGUGAAGACACUGAAAAACAUAUUCAGGGAUUUUGGAGAGCUUGGCGUUGACAUGAAUAUAGCAGGUUGCCAAGUAUGCGUAGUGGAGCAGUUGGAAACUGCAGGCUUGUUUUCUGAGUCCCUCCCCAAGAGUCUCCUCUUCCCCACCAUUCACCAUUCACGUGUUACACAGCCUCAGACUGAGGGGGGGGGCAGCCUUGCACAAUUAUGAGAACCAGAGUAUCCACCAGAUAUGAUUAAUGGAACCAAGAUAUGACCAAUAGGGGUCAGCUUUCCUCCACCUUCCUCGUGUUGCUGGUUUCCUGCUUCCCAUUGGUUGUCUUCUCUGCCCCCCCCCCCCCCCCUUCUUGUGAGGAGUAUGCACCACUAUGACACCGUGGUCAGUUGCCAUAGAGAUAAACAGAUUGCUUUAGAAACUGUCUUUUUAUGAUGAGGUAAUAAUGAGGUAUCACACAAGUCUCUGCAGUCCUCCUCCUGUGUAUGUGUGAAAUAGAGAGAGAGGGAGGGAGGGGAAGCACAAGGGAGAAUGUUGCACUAAACGACUAGAAAUCUGUAUUUAUAGCCAGGGACAAUGUAGCACUAGACAUUUGCAAAAUGCCCUCCAUAAAAAAGUUUUUAAUUGUAAUUUAGGCCAAGUGAUACCUUUGUGUGUCACAGUUUUUUUGGCAGAAGCAUUUUACCUUUAACAUAAUAGAUAAAUGACUGCCUUUUAUAUUGACUCCUCCUAAUCAGUCUCACCAUGAAGAUGGUUUGCUCUUCUCUUGAUCUGUCUGAAUAUUUGUCACUAUAAAGAACUAAAGACGUACCUACUGUACAGCAUCACAAUAUCAAGAUACAUGCAUCGGUUGCUGUUAUCUACAUUUAUUCAUUUAUCUUUUUUACCAACACAAAAAAGAUGAUCGACUUUUGUGUAAAUAAAGAUACUUGAUUUGUACACAU